CGCCAGAAAAUCUUAUAGAUUUUAUUUUGAAUGACCUUCCAGAUGAUUAUGAUUCUGAUGAUUAUUUAUUUGAAAAAGUAUUUUGUGUUGCCUUGGAACUGUUAAUAGAUAUUGUUGAUUCAACUUCUGAAGAUCAUAUCAACAAAGACGUUGUGCAACAAAUAAUUAACCUUAUUUCAAAGGCUGAUAAGUUUUCCUGA